CACGGUGAUGCUGAAUCAUACUUUUCUCUACAAACCUGAAAGCUGAAAAUAUAGAAGUACGCGUUUAAGAAAUAUAACUCAAGAAAGAACUUCUAAAUUGUUGAAAAUCUCAUUUUUUAAACAACACCAACAACCACGAGCGUGCAAAGUGUUUUUAGUAAAUUAUAUGAAACUGUUAUCAAAGGAGGAGAGGCACAGCAUUUAUUACAUAUUCCAAUACCAUAAAAAGGAGUUGUACACCAUUUCGGAAACGCCGUUAAUUCGACCCAUAUUGCCAAAAACGUCCCAGCAAAUAGACAGGCGAUUGACCUGAACGGCACUGAUAUCGUAAAAACACAAUGGCUUUGGACUUUGUUGCAACCUAUAAAGUUCUGGUGCUCGGUGACUCGAAUGUGGGCAAAACUUGUAUUGUCCAUAGGUAUUGUGAUGAGAAAUACUACGAUACAUACAUAUCUACUAUAGGUAUCGACUUUAAACAGAAGCUUAUCAAUUUGGAUGGAGUACCAAUAAAGCUACAAAUUUGGGACACAGCUGGGCAAGAAAGAUUUCGUACCCUAACCACAGCCUACUAUCGAGGAGCGAUGGGCAUUCUACUGAUGUACGAUGUGACGAAUUUGGAGAGCUACAAUAACUUGUCAUAUUGGUUGCGAAACAUUCAAGAGAACGCGUCACCGGAUGUUGUCAAAGUCUUAGUGGGCAACAAAUGCGAAUGUUCGGCUACGCAGCGAGCGGUUGAUAAAGAGAGAGGUGAAAAAAUUGCUGAAAAUUUUGAUAUGCCCUUCUUUGAAGUCUCCUGCAAAUGCAACAUAAACAUCGAGGAGGCGUUUCUGGCAUUAGCACGAAAAAUUCGGGAGCAACGUGAACGCCGGGGAGAUAAUUUCGAUAACGACGAAAAGACACAAGACAAGAAAUCGCCUGGUUCGAACGGACUCGGCACAUUCAGUUUGGCCAGCUUGUCCGAAGGCAAUCGUUGUUCCUGCUAAGCCGAACGGAAAUAUUCCACAUACUCAUAAGGAACAAUACGUCCACCAGAGUGCUAUUGUGGAAUGCCCCAUACAUGCGUACAAGCAUACUAACCUCGUAAAUACAGAACGCGCGAAUUAGAUACAAAUAUACUUACAUGCAUCCAUACGCGCCUACUUGUAGCCGUGUGGCUGCGUGUUCUAACAAAAGGGGUCAGUAAACAAUUUUGUGAGCGGGAUAUGGUUGUUGCUAUCGACACAGUUUCGACCGGCGCCAGCUGUGUUGCCCUGCUAUUUUCAUUAGGUGUUGAUUGGAAGCGAGUUAUUUGUACGUAUGCAUAUACAUUUAAAUGAUUGUAUAUCAAGGUACAGAAUGCAAUACAAAAUGUAGUAUAAUGAAAGAGCAAACCUAAUUUAGCCAAAAAUUAUUGUUCAUACAUUACUGAAAAAAAAAAGAAAAUGUUCUCUGAUUUUAAACGCUUCAUAUUUGUACAAAAAUAUAACGCGCGAAGCACUCGUUGCAUAACUUCUGCUCAAAUAUGAACGAGACGGUAUCAAUAAAACGGUCCGCGGAUGACA